AUGAAGUUAAAUUAUACGUCUACUGAAGAAGUUCCUCAGAUUGUUGAAGACCUUCGAAAAUCUUUCUUCUCCAAUUUGACGAAACCAUUAAGUUACAGAAAAAAUCAAUUGAAACAAUUAUACAAUUUAUUUGAUGACAAUGAACAAGAAUUAUGUGAUGCUUUACAAAAGGAUCUUCGUAGGCCAAGGUCUGAAGCGGUGCUUGGCGAAAUAUCCAUUAUUAAACAAGAAAUUUAUGAUUCUAUUAAAAACCUUGAUACUUGGGCAAAACCUGAAUUCGUAAAAGUUGGUAUCGCUCACAAAUUGAAUAGGUGCCAAAUAAGAAAGGAACCAGUUGGCAAUGUUCUUAUAAUUGGCCCUUGGAAUUUUCCCAUUCUUCUUUUACUUUUACCUUUUGUCGGCGCUAUUUCUGCUGGUUGUACUGCUAUUCUCAAACCUUCCGAAAUAGCAGAAAACUGUGCGACCGUUAUUACUGAACUGUUUCCAAAAUAUCUUGAUCAAAAUUCGUAUCGUAUAGUAAAUGGAGAUGCUAAAGUGGCUACAACAUUAUUAGAGAAUAGAUUCGAUCAUAUAUUUUAUACUGGUAGUGGAAAAAUAGGAAAAAUUGUUAUGGAAACCGCGGCAAAACACUUAACUCCAAUUACCUUGGAACUUGGUGGUAAGAGUCCAGCGAUUGUGGCAAAUGACGCAGAUAUUCCAGCAUGUAUUGCUCCUGAUUAUGUUAUUUGUGAAAAAUCCGUACAAGAGGCUUUUGUAAAAGAAGUUCCUAGAAUCGUUGAAGAGUUAUACGGACCUGAUCCUCAAAACAGCCCAGAUUCUUCCCGUAUAAUUAGUCAAAGACAUUUUGAUCGUUUGACUGAUUUGUUAGAUAAAACAGAAGGAAAGGUUGUAUACGGAGGCGAUAAAGAUAAAAAUGAUCUAUUCUUCCCUGCAACAGUAGUUUCUGAUGUUCCAAAAUAUGACUCAUUAAUGCAAGAAGAAUUGUUUGGUCCAAUUUUGCCUAUUGUUGUUGUUGAGAAUCUGGAUGAGGCAUUAGAAUUCAUUAGAUCUAAGGAUAUUCCUUUAGUUAUUUAUCCGUUCAGUAACAAUGAAAAAACUAUUGAAAAUAGUAGGUUAAAUCUUCUUGAUAACACUCGUUCUGGUGGAGUACUCAUUAAUGAUUGUUUUAUGCAUUUCACGGUGUCAACGUUGCCAUUUGGUGGCCAAGGACAUUCAGGAAUAGGAAAAUAUCGUGGAAAAAGAACUUUCGAUACAUUCUCGCAUGAGAGAAGUGUGAUGACUUCUCCUUACAUCCUGGAAAGAUUAUUAGAAGUUCGUUAUCCGCCAUAUACAGAAAAGAAGUUCAAUUUUAUGUUUUGGCUAUUAUAUUCAUACAAAAAGAGAAAUGAAACAGGAUUUUUCAAAGCUACAAUUGGAGCAAUAUUUGUCCUUUUUAUUUCCUAUGUUUUUUAUUCCCCAUUUUAG